GGAACUUCCUUUCAAUCUUACUUGAUUUUACAAAUAACGCUGUCUGCGAAAGAUGGGUAAUGACGGUGGAAGUAUCCCCACCCGGCGUGAGCUCGUCCGCGAAGCCGCCCGCGCCCCCAGCACAGCACAGGUGAAAGAAGUCCAGCGCGAACUCCAAGAACACUACUGGACGACAUGCCCACUCUCGCACAAGCCCCUUGCGCGACCGAUCGUGGCCGACUGCGCUGGAAACAUGUAUAACAAAGAUGCGAUCCUGAAGUUCCUCCUUCCCGGCGAAGAAAUCGAGGGUAUUAGUUCCAAGGCCGAUUGCGAGGAGAUCCUCUGCGGACGGGUGAAGAGUAUCCGGGAUGUGGUGGAACUAAAGUUCGAAAUCGAUACCGAGCUGAGCCAGCACCCUUCCGCUAAGCACGAGAAGCGCGAGGGCUGGAUCUGUCCAGUCACUGCUAAGCAGCUCGGACCUAAUGUCAAGGCCGUGUAUCUUGUACCCUGUGGACAUGUGUUUUCGGAGGAGGCAGUCCGCCAGUUGAAAGGGGAUAAGUGUUUGCAGUGCAACGAGGGGUAUACAGAGGAGAAUGUUAUUCCGAUUUUACCGGCGAGGGAUGCAGAUAAGGAGCUGCUUAUGGCGCGGGCGCAGAAGUUGGCUGAGCAGGGGCUGACGCAUUCGCUGAAGAAGGCGUCUGGGUCGAAGAAGCGGAAGAAGCAGGCUAAUGGCGAUUCUGCUGAGGCGGAAAGUGGAUCGAAGUCCAAGGAGAAUGGUGCGGCUGCGAGUCGGAGCAAUACGUCUACUCCUACACCUAGUGCAUCGAAUGGGAUUAAGCAUGCGGCAACGGCGAUGCUGACGGCCCGUGUUUUGGAGGAGGAGAAUGAGAAGAAGAAGAGACGGAAGAUGAUCGGGCUGAAUGAGAAUCUAAACAGUCUUUUCACGAAGAAGGACAAAGAUGGGAAGACAAACGCCGACUUUAUGACUAGAGGCUUUACUCUUCCAGCGAACUCUCGGAAGUGAUUGAUUUUAGCGCAAUUGUCUCAAAGGCGUACAGGUUUUGCUUGGGCUGGCUAUAUCGGCUACUGGACCGGUUUCUGUUCAUAUUCAUAUAAUCUCGAAUAGACGAAAAUUGUACAUGCCUGGUUACAUUAGUAGCAUAAGGUAGACUGAAAGGUUUCCAUUUCUAUAGUACAAAAUAUCCUUGAAAUAACAUGCUACAAGAACGAUGACUCAAUGCAAGCUCAGGUUACAGGUCAGCGGCCUACUCGAUAAGCCCCCUAUCUCGAAGCU